AUGCAAGAAAAUAUUGCCAAUUAUCCAGAAGAUCGAUACUGGAUUCAGCCGAUCCCGAAUAACAAAUAUGGUCAUCUGCAGGUGAAUCUAACUUUGAAUCAAGUAAUAGGAAUGAUCGACGGUUAUGAUGGAAAGGUUGGUCGAAGACUAUCAGCGAAGGAAAUAGUGGCGCAUCCUGUUUAUCUGCUUCAACUGGUUGGUGAUAUGGAGGAUUUGGCGACAAAAUUCAAAAAACCGGAAACACCGCGCAGCCUUCUGGCAGGAACUGGACACUGUUCAGCCCUGAUAAAGUUGCUUCCCGACUUGUCCGACAUCUAUUUCUCCCACGUCACUUGGGAAUCAUAUUCUACCAUGCUUCGCGCCCAGAAGAAAUAUACGUUUUCCACAAAUGAUCCUGGUAGAAGCUAUUCUUUCAGCGGAUAUCCAGGUGUCAUAACAUCCAAUGAUGAUUUUGUUUUGACGUCGGCUCGUCUCGCAAUUCUGGAGACGACUAUUGGUAAUAAUAACGAUAGGCUUCUACGAUAUAUAACACCAAAGACUCUAAUGUGCUGGAUUAGAACGCAGGUUGCUCAUCGUACUUCAUCGACUGGCCUUCAAUGGGCGAAGACGUUCUCAAAGUUUAACUCUGGCACAUAUAACAAUCAGUGGAACAUUUUGGACUACAAGUUGUUCAAAAGAGGACGUUUCGACCAGCCGUCGUCUGGUCUCCUUCAUGUUCUCGAACAAAUACCGAACCACACUGCUCACGCUGAUCUUACUCAUGUGCUGUUACGGAAUACCUACUGGCCAAGUUACAACACCCCCUACUUCCCGAAAAUCUUCAAAUGGGCUGACAACGAUAAACUGGUGAAGAAGUAUGGUGAUUGGUACACCUACGACAAAACCCCACGAGCGCUGAUUUUCCGCAGAGAUCAUAACGACGUCGUCGAUAUGGAGAGUAUGAUUAAACUAAUGAGGUCAAACGAUUAUACCAAGGACCCCCUGGCGAAAUGCGAUUGCAAUCCACCAUACUCUGCAGAGAAUGCGAUUUCUUGUCGAAGUGAUCUGAAUCCAGCUAAUGGCACCUAUCCAUUCGCAUCGCUCGGGUUCCGAGAUCAUGGAUCUACCGACGUAAAGGUGACGAACUCGAGGAUGAUAGGAUCGUUGAUGUUCACCGCUAUAGCCGGACCAACCCAUGAUCCAACACCUGUCUUCGACUGGUCUAACACAGCACUUCCGGACUAUAUUCCACAUCAUGGACAACCAAUUCGAUGGGAGUAA